GUUGCUUUUAAUUUGGCUCCAAGCUGAGCUUCAUCUCAUAUCAUUGGAUCUUUCUUAGGGUAGGAAACCAAAGAUCUUUUAAAAGGUCGCUGGGAUUUUCAUGCAUCUGCUAUUCUUGCAGAUGGACCUGAUGCUAUGAUCACAAUCCUAAUAUCCCUCGUCUGCAGAACUACAAAAACAUGUGGCGCAAUUCAACAAAGCUAGCAUGGUGUGCAGAAUCAAGCCUCAGAGAUCAAUUGCAGAAGUCAUUGGACUAUAGGUUCCUAGAUCUGCUAACUAUUUUUGAAUCAAGAAGUAGCAUCUCAGAUACAAUAAAGAAGGCUGGAAUAACAAGUUAUGAUCUGGACUUGGUAGAUAAAUUGGAACCUUUGCUGAAAACUCCUCAUAAGGACCUAGCAAAACAUCUCAGGUUCAGUUUGUACCCAGAGUUAAGGGAAGAAGAGAAAGGAUCUGCAACUUCUAAGGAUGACUUGGCAAUACCUUUCAGAAAACCAAAACCAGUUCGUCGAAGACCUAAAACUGCUUGUGGGAUAAGUCCCGUAAAAUCUGAAAAUUGGACCAUGGUAACACCUGUACCACAUUUUACAUGUCGCUGUAAUACCCAAAGGACAUACAUUCCAAUUGUCACUGAGGAAGAUCUGAAAGCUGUGGAGAUGCACAAAACAGAAAUUCAUUUCCAAACACAAAUUUCGGAAGAAAAAAGAUUGCGAGAGCUGGAGUGGAAGCUGAACAACUAUUUAUCUUUAAGGGAAGAAGUGAUUCUGAAAGAACAACAACCUUGUAAAACCAGUUCAGUUCCCUUGAUGCAGAGAGAAGGUGUCGUAAGCGAAGUCUCCCAAGGCUCUGGUACAUUUCAAAAACUGUCAACACCCGGUAUAAGGUUAUCAUUCCGAUCGUCUCACUGUGAUGCUCGCAAAAAGAGCACAGCUACAAAAGAAGGUUGGAGAAAGUCCAGAAUCUUCAGCUCCAAGUCAGCUAAAAGGCUAGAGAAGAAGGAAAAAAUGAAAGACGGAGAGCCAUUGACAAAUUUUAUUCAACUCUGUUGAACAUUGUGAUCAAUUUGUCUUUCUGGACAGCAAAACAUACUCAGUCUAUGAGAAAAAGACCUGUUGAUACAAUCAGAUUAAUCCAAAUCAUUUUUAUUCUGGAGGAAAUUUUUAAAAAACAGCUUUCUUUUAAACUGGUGUUCCAUUGGGUAUAUAUACCUUCUGUAACCAGGACAAAGUAGAUGGCUACACGGGGAGGGCUGAAACGAAAUCCUUUCUGAUUUCUGCUGUAAUAACAUAUCUUGCUUAUUUGCCAGGCCCCCCCAGGAUCAAAUCACACAGAUUUUCUCUUGCAUUAUGUAAAAGUCUUUAAAAAAAAAAAAAAGACAAUACUAUAUUGUAUGGAUCUAUGAAGGUUUAUCUGCUCCCAGCAAUCACAAUGAAAAAAGUCUUGGGAAACUAUUCAGCAAAUGGUAUUACAUUUUUAAGCUGUUUUUUUAGAAAGAAAAAUAUAUGUGGCAUACGUGUUUCUAACUGUU